AUGAAUUUUGGUAAUUAUUCUCCCAGUGUAUACGCAAUGUACUUUACGCGAAACUUUAGCUAUUUUACCAAGCAAGGUAUUGGAGGGCCCCGACCUCUGCCGGGUGUUGGCAACCUCUGGGAAAUGUAUUUCACCUCGAUGCCCGACUUAGAGUUGCAACGUUACAAAAAAUACGGCAAAGUAUACGGUGUAUUUGAGGGCAAUAAACCGAUACUGAGAAUCGGCGACCCGGAGCUCGUCAAACAGAUUAUGGUAAAAGACUUUCACGUGUAUCAAACCCGUCGCCCGGGCUCUAACGCCAGACACCCGGUGGCCGAUCUCAUUAUAUCACAGUCGCGCGGUGAAGAGUGGCGACGCCUGCGCACAACUGCCACUCCCAGCUUUUCUACGGCAAAACUGCGUCGAGUGUGUGAACUGAUGAACCGAUCGCUGGACCAGUUUGUGGACGCCGUGCGCACCAAAGCCCUACCCGAGCGAGUGGUGGACAUCAAGUGGUGGUACGCGUGCUAUGCGAUGGAUGUCAUAGCGAACUGCAUAUUCGGCGCCACCACUCAGGCCUACACCGACCCCAACGACCCAAUGGUAGUGAACGGUCGGGCGAUGUUCCGUCCCGUGUACUGGCGAUGGUUGGCCACAAUGCUGUUC